AUGUCCACCCUGGAAGCACCUCACGAAUCCACUAAACCCUCGAAAUGGGGCAAAGUGCGCUCGUCUGUCAAGUUCACAGCGGCAGCCAAAGAGAAGAACCGAGCGACAAAGGCAGAUAGCUUGUCCGUCUCGAAUGCCCCUAUGCAGAGCUCAGCCGGGGCAGCGGCAGCCAGAAGCUUGGUGCUGUUCUUCGGUUUCUUGUUCAGACGGCCUUCGAAACUGUUUAAACCGAACAGAGGCAAGCAGACAGUCGACACAUGGCUAGGUCUCCGACAGCUCGCUAUAUCGACAGACCAACAUCUAUCCCCAGCAUUCAUCCGCUCACUUCUCCAAAAUCGUACAGGCCUCAUCGCCGUGGGCCUCACCAUCCUCCCUCCCAUGCUCGUGAACGCGACACUCGGAUUCUUACUCUUCACUUCACAUUCCCUCUUUUCCCUGGGUCUUGCAAAGUUGGACUGGUUUCAGAGAAAGGUGGAGGUGGAGAAUGAAAAGGGAGAGAUGAUCGUCGAGGAGCAAGAGGAAGAACUGAAUCUGGAGACCCUGAUACGGGGGCCCAGUGUGAUACCAAACCACCCAACGGUAUUGAGUGCGGUAGCUGGGGCAGGGGCGGGGCUGAUACAGGGGAUGGCGUUCACCCCAGUGGACAAUGUUGUCAGACUUAUACAUCAAUCUACCACAUCUUGGGUCAAUAUUCUCGCCCGGUUCGUGCAUCUUCCCGUACCCAAGACUCCAGACAAUAUGAAGGGAAGUUCCGUCACGCCUGUGCAGGCAAUAAAAAACUUCUUCUCAGACGAUGCGUGGAGAAGGAACAGGAACUGGUGGAUAGGCUGGCGGUGGGCUGUUUCCCGUGACGCGUUGAGCUACAGCUGCUUCUUUGCUACCUUUGAUGUGACCAGGCGAGUGGGCCUGCGAGUGAAGGGCAUGUUUGGCGGCAAUAUCGAGCAUGACUGGGACAACAUCUUCAUCCUUGAUUUUGACGGCAACGCCCACGAUGAUUCCAUUUCUUCACCCUCUCCACCACCUUCCAACAAUACCUCCUCCUCUUUACCGACCUAUCGUCCCACAGGGGAUCAACCUCAAGCGCCCACACUCGCCCGCGUAGCCCAAGCAGCGACAAUAGUGACGGGCGGUGUGCUUGCCAGUUUACUGGCUCAAGCGGCGGGACGACCAUUCAGAGAGUGUCAACGGAUCAUGCAGCUGGACGACCGGGAGUGGGCGCGCAGGGCCGCCAAGGGAGAAAUGAUGGCUAGAAGACCGCACUUCUGGCAAGCUCUACUCAAACCCCGUCCCGGGGCCAGACCGCACCCCAUCUUAAACACACUACAAACCAAGGGCCUCCGCCCUUUCAUUAGAUCGGAAGGAGAGUUCAAGAGUGCGCAGAUGAAGCGCGAGUUGGCGCAGGAAGCACAGGCUCAGGGGAAGCUCAGGGGUAUGGUAGGAACGGUGGUGAAGAGGGUCGGGUGGAGAGUGGCCAGUGUUGGGCCUUGGGGGUGUGGGUUCCUGGUAUGGGCUUGGAUCGGGGGCGAGGUGUAG